GUAACCCGACUAACAAUGCAGGAACAACAUAAAGAAUACAGGAAGCUGCAGGUAAUAGAAGCAACAUUUUUUUUCGAUGACCAAGCAUUUGUCUGUGCGCCAGGGCAGGUAGGUGGAGUUAAGGCCGUGUUUAUUAUAUCCAAACUGACGGAAGAGACGAGAAAUGAAACUUAACUGAGACCGACGGUUGCAGCCAAGAUUAGUCCAGGGGAUGCUAUCCAAGCCCCGCUGUUGUCGAUCAGACUCACAUUGGGAUCAGUUGACAAAUAGGACCUUGGUUUAACGACACAUUCAGGCCAAGCAAGAGAUUCAUCACCCACAAGACAUUUCAAGGGUCAUUAUACAUUUUUGUAUUCAGUGCCUGGUUUAAAGAUUAUGAUUGUAUCAAAAUGUCAGCAAGUGCUUCCAGACUGUCUCCUCUUUUAUUGGUCUAUGACUUCAAACUUGUUUGCACUCAGUGCUGUGUCAAGGAACAAGAAAUUACAUAUAGAUUGAAAUCAGUUCAACACAAGUGCGGACACAAUGUCCUGCUCUGCAAAGCCAAAGGUGGCAUUAAAUGGAGGCCUGUUUCUAGACGGCCAAUAUUUCCAAAACCAAAUCAGUAUAUGGCCUGUUGGUACUAUGUAGAGGGGCGUGGUUGCACCCAGCACAAGAACCGGUGCACCUUUGCCAGAAGUGAUGAGGAAGCUGCAGUGUGGACAUUUGAAAAGCACCAGGGAUUGGAUCAUGCACUUCUCUGUAAUCUCAUUGCUGAGUCUGAGAGAGGAACUCGUCAGGCUAACAUUGAUGAACCUCUGGGUGACCUCUUGGCAGAUGUAGAUCUAAAAGCUGUGUGUAAUUUGUGCUCUGUCAAGGUAAAUGAAAUAACAUACACAGUUCAGUCAGUUGUGCACACGUGUAGAAGAUCUCUGCUACUAGCUAAAGGCAAAGCCUCCGACCUAUGGAAGCUUGUCUCUAAGCGACCUACACUUGCUCAAACUGUUUGUUACAAAGUGUGUAAAUACAUUGCUGAGGACUCCAGAUGCACACAACACACGCAGGGUCGAGGAUGCACUCAUCCCAAAAGCCUUGAAGAGGCCACUGUUUGGAACUAUCUUAGAGAGAAAAGAAUGGAUAAGAAUGAGUUAAUCAGACUUUUAACUGAGUCACAGUCUGUUUCAUUAACACCAGAACAUGCAGCUGAAAGCAUGCUCCGGCACUUUUCAGGUGAAUUCAUUGAGGUCUGUAAAGACUGCUUUCAGGAACACCCACAAAAACUAACGACCAAAAGGUGGAAUGAUUUUUGUGCGGCAGACAUAGCACAUGCCUGGAACCCAGUCUUAGUUUAUCACCUAUCAGAGAACAGCAGGAAACAUAUCUACAGUCAGGUGCGCCCGCUUCCCCCAAACUGUCAGUUUACAUAUUGUAGUUAUGUAAUACAAGGGAAGCCCUGCUGGCACACUGCCAGUGAAUGCCAGUCUGCCCAAAGUGAGGUGGAGAUGGCUGUGUGGAAAGCAGAGCAUACCGGGCUCUGUGUUCGGCCUCACCUACUUCAGCUGAGCCAACCAGCGCAGACACAGCCCAGGAAAGUGACCAUGUACUGCAAAGUUUGCCACCUGAGUCUUUCUUCCCCAGAAAGCUUCUAUAAGCACUGCGCCUCUUUGGAACAUGCCCAGUUAGUUGCCCAGGACACCACUACCAGGUGGAGAGGACGCGAGGUGCCACACAACCGGCGAGCUGAGCUUUGGCUUUGUGAGAGGUAAAUGGCUCCAGUUUCUUUCACAUCUUUUACCAUGAAGGUUCGUA